AUGGCUGACAACGCCGCCGCCGCCGCCGCUGCUGCCGGCCUGGAGAAUCAUCGCUUCAAGAGCUUCAAGAAUAAGGGCCGCGACGUGGAGACCAUGCGAAGACAUAGAAAUGAAGUGACAAUUGAACUUAGAAAAAACAAAAGAGAUGAACACCUUUUGAAAAAAAGAAACGUGCCCCAAGAAGAAAGUUUAGAAGAUUCUGAUGUUGAUGCUGACUUCAAAGCACAAAAUGUAACACUAGAAGCUAUAUUGCAGAAUGCUACAAGUGAUAACCCCAUUAUCCAGCUAAGUGCUGUCCAAGCUGCAAGAAAGCUAUUAUCAAGUGACAGAAAUCCUCCUAUUGAUGACCUAAUAAAAUCUGGAAUUUUACCAAUAUUGGUUAAAUGUCUAGAAAGGGAUGAUAAUCCUUCCUUACAGUUUGAAGCUGCAUGGGCCCUGACUAACAUAGCAUCAGGCACUUCUGUACAGACUCAAGCUGUUGUACAGUCUAAUGCAGUCCCUCUCUUCUUAAGACUGCUCCAUUCACCACAUCAAAAUGUUUGUGAACAAGCUGUUUGGGCUCUUGGGAAUAUUAUUGGUGAUGGUCCUCAGUGUAGAGAUUAUGUCAUAUCACUGGGAGUUGUCAAACCUCUUCUAUCCUUCAUCAAUCCCUCCAUUCCCAUCACUUUCCUCCGGAACGUCACAUGGGUCAUUGUAAAUCUCUGCAGGAAUAAGGACCCUCCACCACCUAUGGAGACAGUUCAGGAGAUUUUACCAGCCUUGUGUGUUCUCAUAUACCAUACAGAUAUAAAUAUCCUUGUGGACACUGUUUGGGCUUUGUCAUACUUGACAGAUGGCGGCAAUGAACAAAUACAGAUGGUGAUAGAUUCAGGUGUUGUACCUUUUUUAGUUCCCCUUCUGAGCCAUCAGGAGGUCAAAGUUCAGACUGCAGCACUGAGAGCAGUUGGCAACAUAGUAACUGGUACUGAUGAGCAGACACAAGUUGUUCUCAAUUGUGAUGUCCUCUCCCAUUUCCCAAAUCUUCUGACACAUCCAAAAGAGAAGAUAAACAAGGAAGCAGUUUGGUUCCUUUCCAAUAUCACUGCAGGAAAUCAGCAACAAGUUCAAGCUGUAAUAGAUGCUGGACUUAUCCCUAUGAUAAUUCACCAACUAGCUAAGGGGGACUUCGGCACACAGAAGGAAGCUGCUUGGGCAAUUAGCAACUUAACAAUAAGCGGUAGGAAAGAUCAGGUUGAAUACCUUGUGCAGCAGAACGUAAUCCCACCAUUCUGUAGCUUGCUCUCAGUCAAAGAUUCUCAAGUUGUGCAGGUUGUUCUGGAUGGGCUGAAAAACAUUCUAAUAAUGGCUGGUGAUGAAGCAAGCACAAUCGCAGAAAUUAUAGAAGAAUGUGGAGGGCUAGAGAAAAUAGAGGCAUUGCAACAGCAUGAGAAUGAAGACAUCUAUAAGCUAGCAUUUGAAAUAAUAGAUCAGUAUUUUUCUGGUGAUGAUAUUGAUGAAGACUCCAGCCUCAUUCCUGAAGCCACACAGGGGGGUACUUACAAUUUUGACCCAACAGCCAAUCUUCAAACAAAAGAAUUUAAUUUUUAAGUUCAUUACAAUGCAGCUUGAGUGUCCCACACCAGUAAAAUACACCACCAGGUCUACAGUUGGAAAAACAGGCUCCAAGCAUAUAUUGCCUCUUUGUCUGAUGAUUCUAAAGCAAGUUGUAUAUCAGUCACUUUGCAGUUGCCAAAAGUAACUACCACAGGGACUGUAAAUGCAUAUGCAUGAUCUCAUAAACUAUUAAGGAUUUUUUUAACGGCCCCUGCUACCUUUCCUCUGUUUUUCCUAAUUUUUCCGGAUGCCACAUGAUCGCAGUUACAGUCGUUGUGGUGGCACAUUGGCUUUCCACAGAAGAAUAGCUUUCUUUGGGAAAUAGUGCACCGUGGAUCAAGACUCUUUAGUAUGAUGCUUACAUUUUGGAAGACUUCUGUGAGGCCCAGUGUAUUUUUUGAGCCUCUGCCAUUAUCCUUUACAAACAUAUUUUCAUAUAUUUAAUGUGAAAGAAUAAAGAAAAUGCAAGUAAAAUUAUUUUCAUUGGUGAAACUGAAAUUUUAAACAAACUUCGUAAAAGAACUUGGUAAUUGAUUAGUUUAAAAACUGACUACAUAUAUCAGUAAUUGUGUUCAUUACUGCCUUAGAAGCUUGGGUUUGGAGGAAGAACUUCGUAUUUGGACUAGUAAAACAUGACCAUUAUACUUAAUUUUUGAGAACAGCAAGCUGUGCUUGACCAUUCUUCAGCCUAUGUGUUCCUGCUGUUUUUGAAAUAAUGAAAUGCUGUGCAUGGUAUUUUACCUGAGCUACAACCUGUUAUGGACUUGAAAACUGUUUGAAGUUGAAAGCAAGAAUCCUACAUUAAAGAAACAAAGCUAUCCCAAAUAAGCAUUGGUUGUCAAGAAUCUUGCUUUCAUCUUUCAGUAGUCAAUAUAUUUUUGGUUUAAAUUUAUGAUUGAAUGUUGAUUUAUAUUGGUUUAAACUGUGGAGCUUUCAUGUUUACUGUAAUUUAGUCUUAAAACUAUUUUUUUACUUACCAGUGCUUAUGAUGAUGUGGUUGGCAACAAACUAGCAACUUUUUAGAAGCACCAUAAAAGCUUCAUUCUUGGAGUAUUGGAAGAAUAAUAGAAAAAGUAGUCUAUAAACCUAUUCAUAUAGUUAAGAAACAUACUAGUUGUGUGAGGCUUUAUGGAAGCCGCUACUAUUUAGCAUAAGCUUAAUAUGCGGCUCAGAAUGAAUAAAUUUACAUAAGCUGGUAACAUGGAAGUAAGGGGGAAAUCUUUCAGCCUGGCUUUUCAGAGGAUUUGGGAUUGCUGUGGGGGGAAAUGAAAUUUAAAUGAUGUAAGAUGUUAAACAAACUGAUAUUGUUACUGUUGUUCACUGGAUGUACUCUCCCAAUGCCUUGAUGUGAAGGGAUACAAAAACAUAAACUAAUGUAGUUAUUGGAUGUGGGUUGUAUUUACUGUGAUGAAGAUGAGGACAGAUGCCAUCAAAGCUUUGUUGAUCAACUGUUUUUCCACUAAAGAGCAAGACAUUGCAGGUGUUCAUUCAUUAAAUAUAUCUGCCAAGGUGGAGCCACUUUAAAGAGUGAGUUGUCUUGUAUCUUGAGGGAUACAAGUAUGUGUUUUAAACAGCAAGAUUUUUACUUGCUAGAUAAUCUGUUUUAAUACAGUGGUUUUGGCCUCUAUUUAUAGAUUUUAUAAAUUUUAAAAUCAAUUUCUCUUUAAGGUGGCUCAGACUUUUCAACUCUUGUGCACAUAAAAUUGAGUUGAAAUUCAUUGUGCCUUUUUAAUUUGGUAGCUGUGUCCUUUUAACAAUUAUAAUCUAAAAUGCUGAGAUUAUGGUGUUUUUACUAAAAAUUAGACAAAAUGCGAACUUAGAUUUGGUCACAUCAAAGCUGAUUUGCAGUUGAUGCGAACAAAUCUCCCUAAUUUUUAAACAAUAUGCCUAUGUUCUCUGUCCUAGAUAUUACAAAGUAAGAUGAAUGAUUUUCACUAGUGACGAGUUCUUUCUUGCACAUCAUUAAAGAUGAAUAUAAGAAAAUUGAUUUAAAGCAUUAACUUGCUUUUUUUUUUUGUAAUCCUGUCACCUUAUCAACUCUUGAUUAGAAUUCAACCAUUUUGUAGUUAAUAAAGGAAAUGGAGGCUUGGAACCAAAGAUCCUGCUGCACAAGGAAGGAAGACACAGUUGUUCUGAAGAAAUUGCUGAGUUCUACACACACACAUCAACAGCCCCUACAAAAUGCCACCAGAGGGGCAGGUGACCCUCCAAAGCAGCUUUUGUGGGGCUGCAGAUGGGGGCAGUUUGCAGUAUUCUCUUCCACCCCACAUGUACAGUUUCUUCCAAUCAUGCAGUGGAGUAGGAUCUUUAUAUCUAAGCCAAAAGUAUAUUGCUGCACUUUUAAGUUUUCAGAAGUGUUUUAAAAUUGCAUUGUGUUCAUUAUUUUUUAACUCUCAGUUAAUACAUUAAAGUGUUCCUUCAAAAGAG